AUGGCUCGUUCAUCUGGCGACUCGUCGCUUCCCACGGUGGAAAAGACGCCCGCCCCGCCGGCUGCUUCCGGCCUCCACCCCUCGCUCUUCAUCCUGAACUGGAUACUCUUCUCCAAUGCUACCAUUCUCUUCAACAAAUGGCUGCUCGACACGGCCGGCUUCCGAUACCCCAUCAUCCUCACAUGCUGGCAUCUCAUAUUUGCCACGGGUGCCACCCAGAUACUCGCCCGCACCACCUCUCUCCUCGAGAGCCGCAAGUCGCUGCCCAUCAACGGUCGCAUGUACAUCCGUACCAUUGUCCCCAUUGGCAUUCUCUAUACCGGCUCCCUCGUCUUCUCCAACCUCGUCUACCUCUAUCUCUCCGUCGCCUUUACCCAGAUGCUCAAGGCCGGCUCCCCCGUCGCCGUCCUCUUCACGUCGUGGGCCUUUGGCGUUGCCGAGCCCAACCUUGCCAAGUUUAUCAACAUUCUCGUCAUUGUCAUCGGUGUCGCUGUCGCAAGCUUUGGCGAAAUCAACUUUUCUCUCAUUGGCUUCAUCUACCAGAUGCUCGGCAUCAUCUUUGAGGCUGUUCGCCUCGUCAUGAUCCAGGUCAUGCUCACCGCCGAGGGCAUGAAGAUGGACCCUCUGGUCGCUCUCUACUACUAUGCCCCCGUCUGCGCCUUUUUCAACAUCUUUGUUGCCCUCUUUACCGAAAUCCCCACCUUCAAGUACGACGAUCUCGUCAACACUGGCUUCACCAUGCUCUUCCUCAACGCAAGCGUCGCCUUUAUGUUGAACAUUGCUAGCGUCUUUCUCAUUGGCAAGACCUCUGGACUCGUCCUCACCCUGACCGGCAUUCUCAAGGCUAUUCUUCUCGUUGCCGUCUCCGUCGUCAUCUGGAAGACGCCCAUCACCCUGCUCCAGGCCGUUGGCUACGGCAUUGCUCUUCUCGGCCUCUCAUACUACUCACUCGGCUACGACGGUACCCUCAAGGUUUACAACAACUCCUUCGCCUACAUUUCCGCCACCUUCAACUCGUACGGCGCUGUGCCUGGCUCUCCCGACGGUGUUCGCGGCGGCUUGCUCACCAGGCGCUACAUUGUUCUCGGUAGCGCCGUCUUGGGGCUCUUGUUUGUCCUGGCUGUCCUCUACGGGUGGGUGAAUGCGGUGCCCACUGGCAUGCCAACCACCUCAUUAGGCGCCAAUUAG